GGCUGUUCACGACACAGGAUACUCGGUACUGAGCAGAGUGGCUCCCAGAGCACGAACAGCACUGUGUCUCGUACAACACCGAAUGAUUGUCAAGAUCCGCCACACGGCAUGAACAAUGCGGGGGAUGUGAAGUUGGGGCAGCAUGAACGACCCACAACAGCUCCUCACAAUUGGAGGAAAAUCCGCAAGCGGCAGCGGAAAAGCAAUCUUUAUCCGCACACCCGAUACCGCCAUAUGCCGGCCCAGCGCCACGCAACACUCCCUCCCGCCCCCACAAUCUUCCAUAUAGACCCAAAGCAGAUUGUGUCUGGGGACGAAAAGCAUCGCGAUAGCAUUAUAGUUCGACCUUGUACAUGCUCAGCAAAAGCCAAGAGUAUUCACUCGUUUGAUACAGCAUCAUGGCGGCACAAGUCUUGAAGCAACCACAAAUCCACCAGAGCACAAGCAAGAGCGCUGUCAGCAUUUCAAAUGAGGAGAUCAAAGCUCCAGUGUUAGAGGAUGCUACCCCAAGAACAGUUGACGAAUUGAUUAAACUUCGGACUCUCCAAAAAGGCAGCGACGACCCGAUAAUCAGCUAUCCCAACGAGGGCACACAGUACAUCGACUAUUCGAUCAAAGACAUCGAUCAUCUGAUCGAGCAAGCAGCAUGUGUUUACGCAACGACAGUAAAGCAGCGACUAAAGUCAAGUGACCCUGUCCAAACAAUCGCAUUUCUUGGCGACUCAGAUCUUGGGUACCUCAUUUCAUUCCUCGCAAUAUCUCGGCUUGGCCACACAGCACUUCUGCUCUCGACGAGAAUCACUGGAGAAGCGUGCGAGCAUCUCAUCAACUCUUGCAAAGCGACAACUUUGAUCAUUCAUCCUUCAUACGCUCCGGCAGCAGCAUCGAUCAAGGCCAACAUCCCGGCUCUCAAGCUCGCCAAUAUUCUCGACAGCAGAACACUACAAGGUCAAUCAGCACGAUUGCCGCAGGCUUACCUUGACCUUGAUCAAGAGACUCACAAUCAAUCUUUCAUCAUCCACUCGAGUGGUUCCACCGGUCUUCCAAAGCCCAUCUUCCAAACACACAAGGCAUCGCUGUACACAUAUUCAGGGAGCUUCGGUCUUGUCGGCCACAUCACUCUCCCGCUAUACCACAAUCAUGGCAUCGCCUGCACCUUUCGCGGAGUCUACGCUCGCAAGAAGAUUUACUUGUACAACGCACGACUACCCUUAGCUUCCCAGCAUCUUCUCGCCACCCUGCGGGAGCACCCCGACAUCAAGAUAUUGUACGGAGUCCCGUAUGCUCUCAAGCUUCUUGCCGAAACAGAGGAAGGAUGUCGACUGUUGAGCCGAUUGGACAUUGUCAUGUUCGGCGGGUCCGCAUGCCCAAAACCUGUGGGCGACAGUCUGGUUGCCAACGGCGUCCGUCUCGUGGGACAUUAUGGCGCAACCGAAGUUGGGCAGCUCAUGACUUCGUUCCGUGACUUCGACAAUGACAAGCAGUGGGAUUGGCUCCGCGUUCCAGAGUACCUGCUGCAAUUCUUGAGUAUGGAAGAAAGAGGUCCAGGACUGUGGGAACUCUGCGUCAAGAAAGGCUGGCCAUCGAAAGUGGCGACGAAUCGUGAUGAUGGUUCGUAUGCGACCAAGGAUCUUUUCGAGAAACACCCUACAAUGGAGAACACUUGGAGAUACUACGCACGGCUGGACGAUACGAUUGUGCUGGAGAAUGGCGAGAAGGCAAACCCUCUGUUAGUGGAAGGCAUAUUGAGACACAACCGGAAUGUGGCGGAAGCCAUCGUUUUCGGUGCUGGAAAGUCGCAGCUUGGAGCGUUCAUCAUUCGAAAGACCGAGAGCGACCUCUCUGAUGAGGACAUCAUCAACUCUGUCAUGCCUGCUAUCGAAGAAGGAAAUCUCUCGCUGCCAGCAUACGGUCAACUAUCACGAGACGUGGUUCGAGUUCUGCCAGCAGACACGGAGUACCGGAAGACGGACAAAGGCACUGUGAUUCGAGCUGCAUUCUACCGGGACUUUGCGAAGCAGAUCGAUGAUAUGUACGUGGAAGAAGCUAAAGGGUCUUUGAAACUGGAACGACAAGAGCUGUUAGCUUUGCUGCGCAAGGAGGUCACUUCGAGGUUGAGGAUCGAAGUCAACUUUGAAGACGAUACGGAUCUCUUCAGCUUGGGCAUUGACUCUUUGCAAUCGAUUCAGAUCCGAAGUGUCAUUGUCAAGACUCUGGAUUUAGGAGGCGCGGAACUUGGGAGAAACUUUGUCUUCGACUUUCCCACGCUUGAGCAGAUGGCCAACGAGCUUCUUCGACUACAGUCUGGCGAAUCACAAACACAGAAAAUAAGCAUCGAAGAUCAGAUGGCCGCAUUGGUGGAGGAGUACAGCUCAUUUGAGACCCAUAAGCCCGUACAACGCGAAUGGGAUGGCGACUACAUCGUGGUUACAGGAGCAACUGGAUCCCUCGGAGCGCAUGUCGUCUCACGCCUCGCAAACAAAGACACAGUGAGGAAGAUAUAUUGUCUCGUUCGAGCAUCCUCGCUAUCUGCCGCACAAACCCGUGUCCAAGAAUCUCUUCAAGCCCGACAACUUCACAACACCAUAUCAUCGCAAACCUGGCAAGAGAGAAUCGUUUGUCUCCCAUCAGACUUCAGCUCCACCACUCUCGGUCUCACAGAAGAACAAUACACCUCCAUUGCAUCCGAUGUCACACACACCCUUCACCUCGCCUGGUCCGUCAACUUCAACAAGAAUCUGCAAAGUUUCAGCGCCGACUGUCUUGGAGGCGUUCAAAACCUCAUCAACCUCUGUCUGAAGUCCCAACGUCCCCAGCCGGCAACCUUCAACUACUGCUCCUCGGUCAGCGCCACAGUCCGCACUCCUGGUGGCUUCGUGCCCGAGACUCUUCCCGAAUCUUACGCCUGUGCGCAGGGCAUGGGCUAUGCACAAUCGAAACUCGUGGCAGAGAACAUCUGUGACCGAGCAGCGAAGGCUGCCGGCAUCAAGGCGAGGGUCCUUCGCGUGGGACAAGUGAUAGGAGAUACGGAACGUGGAAUCUGGAACUCUACAGAAGCAAUUCCGAUGAUAUUUCAAACGGCGAAAACAGUCGGAGUUUUGCCUGCUCUGGAUGAGAGGCCCGCUUGGUUGCCCGUCGAUACAGUGGCGCAAGGCUUUAUUGACAUCAGUUUGGCGACUUCUGAGGAGCCCUCAGGCUCUGCUUCCUUCACGAACAUUGUGAAUCCGAAGACGGUUCAUUGGACUGAAGACCUUUUGCCGCUCUUGAAGGAGGCCGGAGUGGAGUUUGAGGCUGUAGGACAAAGAGAGUGGAUCAAGAGGCUAAGAGAAAGCGAGCCAGAUCCAGAGAAGAACCCUCCGAUCAAGCUUGUUGACUUCUUUGCUGGGAAGUAUGAUACCGAGGCGAAGAGACCUGGGCUAGAGUACUCCACAGAGAAUGCGAGGACCCUUUCGCCUGCGCUGAAGGAGGCUGGCGUCGUUGAUAGGAACCUUGUGGAGAAGUUUGUGAAGUACUUGAAGAGCGUCGGCAGCUUGUAAAGCGUUCCGUUCGUGGCGUCCCGGGAAUCGGUAGAUGCAUAGGCUUGGUAUCCUCCAUAUCACUGCCUCUCAAUAGACAUUUCGAUAUCCUCUGGUGUAUUCCAGUCCUUCUUGAUCAUCAUUCAACGGCCUGCUCUGGAUCUCUUACAUCCUCGAACCUCUCCUCUUCCCAAACCUCCCAUGUCUCACAUGGCACUUGAUGGUAUCUCUGAUCUCCAAACAGUUAUGCAGGAACUCCAGAACACGCAUCCUUUCUUCUCCGCUGCCUUUGAUCAAUGAGAAAGAUAGGUACUGACCAGACC